AUGGUUAGUAAUUUUUUAUUAUUAACAACAUGUUUAAUAAUUCAUCAACAACAUACAAAAGAUCGUGAAGAAAUCUGUGUUAAAAAUUAUUUUCAAUCAAUAACUACUAAUUAUCUACGUGUAUGUUAUAUAAAUAAUUAUCGAGAUCAUUCUAUUUUCGUUUGGUUUACAAUCGAAAAAUUUCUAUUGAAUAUAUUUCAUGCAUAUCGUUUUACAUUACGAUCAAUCGAUGCUAUGUCUUUAUCAACAAUUAAUAUUCAUAUUCUAACAAAUUUUACACAACUUAUUGAUAUAAAUAAUAGUUUACAUAUAUUAAAUCUUAAUUCUGGUCAAUAUGAAAUAUGUAUUGACUUUCAAUCUUAUUCUACAUCAUAUAUUUAUUCACCACGUACGGGUUGUAUAUUUAUUCGAAGAGAUGAAUUAUUACGUAGAUCAUUUAAACAAAAUUCAAUACAAUUAUUUAUUGCAUUAGUUAUUGGUAUUGUUCUUUUUCUAAUUAUUGGCAUUAUUGUUCAAUUGAUAAAAAUUAAACGAAUACGAAAACAUCAACAAGUAUCUAAUGAUACUAAAAAUAAAUUCUAUGCAGAAGAUCAAGAACAAAAAUCGCCGAAAAGUUCAAGUAUAUUUUCAACAGUAUCAUUGAAAAAACAACAUAAUCAAAUUGUAAGAAAAUUAUUUCAUCGUCAGAUUGAUCAAUCUAAUGUUUCAAAUCUGCGAUCAUGGAGAUUUAAUCGAGCUUUUCAUCAUUGUUCUUCAAUAAAAAAGCAAGAAAUCAAACAAUCAAAACAAAUUCAACGAAGAAAUAAACAAAAUUUGAUGACAAAAAAGAUUAAUUUUCAAAAAAAUCAUUCAUCAUCAAUGUCAACUUCGACUACAUAUGAUAUUUAUACAAUUCCAAUGAAUAAAUAUUCACGAAAAAUUUCUUUUUAUUUAACUCCAUCAGAAGAAUUUGAAUUAAUUUAG